AUGGCGCACAAAGAAGUGGCUGCAUCUGCCAAAGAGCUUUUGAAGUCUAAAAGAGAUUACAUGAAGUGGAGGAAACCGGAGUUGCAACUUGCCAUUCAAUGGAAGCAAGGGCCCAAUCCGACUGAACCAAACAACGAGAAGACCGACGCUUACAAGAACGCGCUUCAGGCUCUUUGGAAGAACAAAUAUAGAGAUCUAGAAGUUCCCACAGACGACUGGACGGACGAGGACGAGGCAAGGCUGGAUGCUCUCAAAGCAGGAGAUAUUGAAUGCUUUGAAAGAGAUGUAGGACUCCAACGUUUCUUUGAAACGGAAGAAGAGGGCAUUGCUCUACGUAUCCCAGCUUUCAGCAAGCUGAGACGAAAGAAUGUGUUGCUCCGUGUGAUCCAAUCGCUCCAGGAAGAUGAGUGGAACGAUAUUGAAACCGAUCUCCCAUGA